ACUUCUUUCAAAAAAACACUUAAAAAAAAAAAAAAAAAACUCCAUAACUCUUUUUCAAAAAGAAGAAAGAGAAAAAAGGAGGAAAAAAAAAAAAAAAAAUCCAAACUCCAAAAUGGGAAAAGCUUUUCUCUUCGAAACAUUUUUUUUCUUCUUCUAUCGCAUUCUUUUCGGGAAACUCAAAAGUUUGCGGAAGACUUUUAGCAACAGCCAUGCAGGAGCUGCAACCUCCCAUUUGAAAUACCAAAAAUACCCUUCCUCUGUCCACAGAUCAGAUCUCUCCGACCCCCACACACUAAUCUUCAACGUAGAAGGAGCUCUUCUAAAAUCCUCGUCUUUUUUCCCUUACUUCAUGCUUGUGGCGUUUGAAGCUGGAGGUCUCCUUAGGUCUUUCAUUCUUUUCCUUCUAUACCCUUUAAUCUGUUUGGUGGACCAAGAAACGGGCUUGAAAAUAAUGGUCAUGGUUUGCUUCUUUGGGAUCAAGAAGGAGAGCUUUAGACUUGGGAGUGCUGUGUUGCCUAAGUUCUUCUUAGAGGACGUUUGCUUGGAAGCCUUUGAAAUUGUCCAAAGGGGUACUAAGAAAGUUGCUGUGACCAAUUUCCCAGUAGUCAUGGUGGAGAGCUUCUUGAGAGAUUAUUUGCAGAUUGAUUUCGUGGUUGGGAGAGAACUCAAGGUGUUUCGUGGUUACUUUUUGGGACUCAUGGAAGAGAGGAAGAAAGUUACGCCGUUUAUGGAGGAAAUUAUUGCAGAAAAGAAAUUGGGUUCCGAUAUAAUUGGCAUCACUUCUAGCAGCUUCAACAAAUUUCCCGAUCGUUACCAAUUGUUUUCUUAUUGCAAGGAAGUUUAUUUAGUGAACAACACGGAUAAGAGGAGCUGGCAGAACCUACCAAGAGAAAAGUACCCCAAGCCGCUUAUUUUCCACGACGGCAGAUUGGCUCUCAGGCCAACCCCACUUGAAACUCUUGUAAUGUUGAUGUGGGUACCAUUUGGGUUUACCCUUGCUGUUUUGAGGAUUUUUAUUGCCGUAUCCCUUCCAUACGGCAUGUCGUCCCCGUUGUUAGCCUUCACUGGGCUUCGCUUGACGGUCACUAAGCCCAAAACCAAAAUUAUUGAGGAAGGCGAGAAAGAUGAGAAGAAGAAGAAGAAGCCCAAAGGUCUUCUCUACGUGUGCAACCAUAGAACCUUACUAGACCCUCUCUACCUUGCCUUCGCGUUGAAGACCAAUCUCAUCGCCCUCACCUACAGCCUAAGUAGAAUGUCUGAAAUAAUAUCACCAAUCAAGACCGUCCGUUUGACAAGGAACCGUGAUAAGGAUGCAAAUACAAUGGAAAGGUUGUUGAGUCAAGGGGACUUGGUCAUUUGCCCCGAGGGAACUACAUGUAGAGAACCAUACCUCUUGAGGUUUAGCCCUUUGUUUUCAGAAAUUACUGAAGAAAUUGUUCCUGUAGCCGUUAAUACACACGUUAGCAUGUUCCACGGCACAACGGCAGGUGGGCUCAAGUGUUUGGACCCCAUUUUCUUCCUGAUGAACCCAGCUCCAAUCUACACCGUCCAAUUACUUGACAAGGUUUUGGGGUUGUCUUCAGGGUGUUAUGACGGUAAUAAUAAUAAUGAUUCAUCCUCAAGAUUUGAAGUGGCUAAUUACGUGCAAAGUGAGCUUGGCAAAGCCUUGGGAUUUGAACGAACAAAACUUACAAGGAGAGACAAAUACUUGAUUUUAGCAGGCAACGAAGGGAUAACUUGUACAAAGUAAUAUGGACAAAAAAAAAAAAAAAAAAAAAACCCUAGCUAAAACCCCAUAUUUUCCGUGUGUAAUAUCACCAAGAUGCCACGUUAAAAGUUGUCUUGUAAUGGCAGUUCGUGUGGAUAUGAUGUUGCACUUACCCUUUCAAAUUCAUUUGUUGCUGCGUUAUUUGUUUUUCAAAAGCUAGCUGCAUUAGUUUAUGAUCAAUUAGAGUCGCGAGUCAUAGCGGAAAAGGAAAUAUAAAUCUAGUAUAUUCUUUUUCUCUCUCACUAUAUAUAAAAUUUUGUUUACUUA